GUAGGAAUCCGGAGGCUCCCACCCACAAAGCGUACACACAGCACGGUGGACUCCGGCCGUGGGGCGUGUCGAUGCUGUUGGCAGGGUGGGACGAGUCGAGAGGGUUCCAACUCUACAAGACAGAACCCAGUGGAAACUUCGGAGCUUUCAAGGCCGUCGCGGUUGGGGCGGGAGCCUCGCGAUUGUCAGCCGAGCUAGCGUCCGGCUACGAAGAACUGUUGGCGGCCACCAAUGGGGGGCCGGAGGCGGCGGUCGGCGGCAGCACCAGUAGCGGCAGCAUGGGGCUCGGAGAGGCCGUGCGACUCUCCGCGAGGGUGCUCAGCCGAGAGCGCGCGCGAGAGAGAAAAUCGCGAGAUAUUUGGACGGCAGCGGGGGAGAGAGAGGGAGAGGGAGCGGGGGAGCCGCGGGAGAGACAAGAUUUUGGGGAUAUCGGCAUGGAGAUUGCUACAAUAGCCGUAGAGGGGAGUGGGGGCAAGGGGGUGGCAGCAGCCGCCGCGAGCUUGUAUAUUUAUAGCGAUGAGGAGGUCGAGAGAGUGUUGGAGAGUAUAGAGGAGGAGGACGUUGACGGGAAGGGGGUGGGCAGUGGAGGCGGAGGGGAAAAGCUUGGGUAGAGGAGAGAAAGGCGACGUGCCCUGGGAGCGGGUCCUGAAUGUAUGAACGACGUCGUCGAAGGGUGUUCGACCCGAAAGUAAGCAACGCGGAAUACCGGUGUGCAAGCAAGGCCAAACCUUCCUUUUGCGCACCUCUGUCCCCCACGUAUCCAGUCCGUGCCCUACAGUUCUUGGAUGGUGCUUGAAAGCACGACAAAAGCGCCACCAAACAAACUCUCUCGCGUUGAGCAUCCUCGAACAGUACC